CAAAGUGUGCGCGCUGGAAAUAAUGCUUCAUCGUGUCUUUCGUUGGGAAAGUUUUAACUUAUUUGUUUUGAUUCUAAUUUUAUCCAAGAAGUAAAAUUAUAGGCGCAUGUAUAUUCGUAACAAUGAAGUAAUAUGAAUUUUGUGAAUAUCUGCUAGAGAGUGUUUGUCAGUGUUAAUACACAGAACGUUGGUCAAUAAUGUCUGGAAAGCGUAAUAUAUCAUACGUAAAACCUCAAGAUCCAAGUUUUUUAGUAAAGUUAAAAGCACAAAUCGGGUUUAAAGAGUCCCCAACUGUUGAAACUAAGCGUCAAAAACUUGAUACCGAUAAUAACAGUUCAGAUAGUGAAGGGUGCCCAGAUCGUGAAGACGAGAAGCCCCAAAUCGUGGUUUUGCAGAGUGGCGAUUUAACCGCCGAGGAGGUAUUGGAAGAGGAGACACGAAUCGCAAGAGAAGCAGCGGAAGCUCGGUCCGAUCUGAGUAGGCCAAUAGUGUUCCAGAAGCGUAAAGAAAACUGGAACCAUACAUCAACGUCCAAUUAUACCAGCUCAAGAUCUACAAACAGCAGUUUGAAAGGGACUAGAUCGAACAACCCAGAAGAAAGAAAAAAAAUUAAUAAGGAGGAGUUAAAAUCAACUAAAAAUAAGAGGAAAAUUCACAAAAAUACAUUAUCAUUUAAUAUUGACGAGGAAGACGAAGAGGAGUAA